AUGGAAGCAGCUGAUCUCCUACGGCUUCAUUACUCCCAAACUUUCCAGCAGGUAACGAACACAAACAUUCUCCUCAUUUCUAUCACUCCACCAUCUGGUUUAGACAACAUCACCUUCACCUCGGAAGCUGUGUUGAAGCAGUUGUUAUCCUUGCGUAUCCACAGUUCUCCCGGAGCUGAUAACAUCCGACCAAAGGCUCUUCAGGCGGUAGCUAGUGAUCUAGCAGAACCACUGGCUGUUUUCUAUCAGCGAUGUCUAGAGGAACACCGUAUUCCUCCAGUAUGGAAGCAAGGGGUCAUCACUCCUAUCCAUAAAGGAGGUAGCCGCACUGAUCCUGCCAACUACCGUCCAAUAACACUACUUCCAGUACUAUCCAAAGUGAUGAAACCAAUCAUCACAGACGCGCUGAUACAAUACCUGUAA